UCGGGGCUGUGCAGAGGGUUGGUCCGCGCCUGCGCGGCAACGGCUUGGGGCCGGCCACGUAGGGUGCGCAGCUGCGGGUGUAGCGUGGAGCCGCAGAUGGAGCCUCCCCCCGGCGCAGCAGAGAAUUCUAAGCUGAGACAUGUAGAAAAAGAUGUCUUGAUUCCACAAAUAAUGAGAGACCGAGCUAAGGAGCUGUGUUCAGAUAAAGUGCAAGCAUUUACUAAGUGUUGCAAAGAAACUGGUUUCCUUAUGGUGGUAAAGUGUCGGAAAGAGAACACAGCACUGAAAGAUUGCCUUGUUGGCUACUAUACUGAUCCAUCAUUCAAUGAAGAAUGCAAAGCAGAAUAUUUGAAGCAAAGAGAAGAAUAUAGAGCAACUGGAAUUAAGAAAAAAAGGCAAAAGAUUACUUCAAAUGUAUAGUUCAAAUCAACUGUUUUAUAUCCAACUUAAUGAUUUGACUUGAUUUGAACAGACUUCUUUUAAAUCAUCAGUAUCUCUUGGUAAAAUUUAGCAGCAAGUCAGUAACAGAAAUCUCUCUGAAGCUGAAGGUCAACAUUUCUCAUUUUCUGUACUGAAGUUUAUAAUGCAUGCAAUUUCUCCUGCAAACUUUGACAGCAAAAGCCUGCUCCUCCAUCCAGACUUGAGAUUAUUUCCAAUUAACAAACAGCCUUUUGAAAUUUACAGCUUGUAUCUAGUUAUAUGUGGCAAACUACAUAAAAAUUUAAGGGUAAUCAAAUGUAAGCUGUAUUAACAAAUCAUAAAUUGGGUAUGUACUUAAACUGGCCUUUUUGUCACCUGAAGUUGAGAGUAUAUGGAAAUAUUUUUGAUGCUCUUGCUAGAAGAGUGGCAAAUGCAGAAAAGACCUUGGACCGAUUUACUUCAUCUUUUUCGUGAAAAUGCUGAGUUGUAAGAGCUCAAUAUUGCUUCUACCUGUCCUGUGACUUAAAUUUUGAGUUUGCAAUAUCAGAAGAGAUGAUGUUCCAUGCCCUUGUGAGGCACAACUGACUGCUUCAGCUCUAGAGAAGAACUCAAGAGUUGUCCCUACAGACUUUCCUUGAGAAUGGCAAGAGGCACAAUGAGGGCAAGAAAUCACUGAGAGGAAUGUCUUCCCCAUUGUCAUUUUUUCAGCAUGAAGGUGAUUAAAUACACUUCCAUACUUCAGGCGUGACCACACUUGCAAAAUGAUUAUGGAUGAACAAACAACUAAACUACAUACUUAAGAUGCAGGUCAGUUUUUAAACAUCUAUUAAUGCCGUUGCAAAAACUAAGUGUAAACAAGUCCCUGUGGGAAAGGGGUACACAAGGGAUUUCUUGCAUACAGAAGCUUACAUACUUUACAUACUUAAAGCUGCAUAAUCGUAGAACUCUAAAAUGUAUGAGUGGGGAAAGGCCACGCAGGAUAUUUGUUCACAUGGUAACCUUCAUGUCACAAUAUAGAAACGAAAUAAAAAUAUCCUUUGCCUAAGUAAUAAAAUUUGCAUUUAACUCAGGUACUAUUUCACCACAAAACUAUUACUGCUAUGAAGUUACUCAAGUGGGAAUUCCAAUCAGACUUGGAGAUAUAUAUCUAUAUAUAUGAGCUCAAGUUAACUUUGAAGGUUACUCCUUGCUUUUGCUCUGUGUGUUGUAAUGGAAUAACCAGUAAUAUUACUUCUGCUAUUAGGCAGCAUGUUGACUGGAAAAUUAAGGAAUGCUUCAGAAAGACAGGCUAGAAGAUGUACAGCAUUCUAGGUUAGUAGUCAAGUGGUACUCAGCUAUUUAAUUAGCUAACUUAACUUAGAUUUCCUACACACAUACUUGAUUUUGUCUCAUCAGUUAAAGUACUUUGGAAAACAAAUACUUAACAUCAAGUAAUAGAAGAUUUUUUUUCCCCCAGAUGUAGUUAAAUAGAGGAAAAUGAAGGUAGAUGAUGACUUUUAAAAGUUUAUUAUUUUUUCAAGACAGCAGUUCUGUUAUUUCAGUAUGAAAACAUGCUACACUUAGAAGUCUCUGGAAAGAAAGCCUGUGUGCUUGUCAUUUUUAUCAAAGGCUCUUACAGAGAUUGGCUUUGGGGUAAGCAUGCUGUUAGAGGCAGUGUGGUGCACUGACUGUGGUAGGUAGGUGCCAGCACUACGUGUUCAUGGGAAUCUGUCUCACUCAAGCUCACACAGCAGCUAGUCAGUACAGAUAAUAGCACAGCAAUGCAGUCAUUCUUUUGUGGGUUAGCAGGAUCUACAUUCAGCAGGUGGCAGGAACCCCAGUGCACUGAUUGGUACUGCUGGUAGAAAUAAUAUGGAUAAUGGGACAAAGUCCUAUUUAACCUGCGGGUGUUACUCCUCUGCCAUUCUGUUACAUGCUUUAUGUGCAGGGCUGUAACCAAUCCCUUUGAGCUGACAGUGAGUAAGCAAGCUCACUUUGCUAUCGAGCCUGAAAUUGCUAUAAAUCAUUAACUGUACACCAUUCACUUCUCUUUACCGACACCCGUUUAAGAACUGAGUACUCACACUUUCUCUCGUUUGCUGUGGCAUUCAGAACGGGCUCAGCCUUUACCUUUGGAAUCAGCCUAUUUUUUUUUUUACACUCAUGGCCUUAAUUUGAUUUUUUCCUAGUUUUGAAUUCUUGAUUUCACACCUUUCAUGUUUUUAGUAUCUUAAUUGCAUUUAUGUCUUUUAAAGUUGAAAUGAAAGUGUAAGUGCUGUGCAGUAACACGCACAUACCAGCAAACUUCUUCAGUUUAAAGUUUAAAACUGCUUGUUUUCAUCUCAGCUGCAACCUCUCCUUCCUGCUCAGGUUAACAGGAAGCAGCCCUUUAUUCUAAUGCAGGCAGCAAAGCAUCAGUAGUACUGAUAAAGCCUUAUGCUAUGCUUCAUCGAUUAACUCCUAAAAAAGUUUUUUAAAAGUUUAAAUAUUUAAGUUUUUUUUUUUAAAUACAACUUAAAAAAACAAGCAACAAAAACACACUUUACUUUGUCAAAAGCUAGUCAAGAAGAGCCAGGCUUGCUAUUCUGACUUCGAAACAAAACUCUAAGCACAUUCAGCUGUCCUGUUCUGACAGAGUAGUCAGAUGUGGAUGAUGAGGGAGUUGCACUACCUCUAACAAACAGAAGCUUACAGCAAGUUGUAAAGCUUACACUUUAACUACUUUUAAGGGGAUCCACCAGUUUAAAACCAUCCACCAUGUGGCACUAAAGACAGUUAUUGACACUGAUAGAAUACUGUCAGUGUAGGUAAAAAAAAAAAGUCAAAUGCACUUGGAACAAAUGUUCCAUCCACUUGCAGUUCAGUAACAGUAAGUGCCUGGUUAUUUUUCAUGCUUCUCCCCCAGAUCAAACUUCAUACACAAAAAUACCAUCAUCCCAAUAACUACAGAAUCCUCUUCCACCUUGCUGUUUGUAACACUUGAUCUCUUUCAUUUCAAAAUGCAACGAAAUGAAGUCCAUUCUGCUAAAAGGAGCAAAUUGAGGGGCACCGAUUUCAGUUCAUGCCACAACAUUUUCUAAGGACAACAGAUUUUUAAGAAAAAUAGUUCAAAUCCUUAUCAAACUUGGGAAUAUGCAACACAAUUCAAAUGAGUUUACAAUUAGAGUCAACAAUAAUAAAUACACUUGUCUAUUGCCUACAACUGCAAAUAGCAUGCUCUUCCCCUGCAAAGAGGGGCAAAGUCUGAUCCUUUAAAAAAAAUAUUUUUGUAGCAAUGCUACACAAAGUGACAGGGAAAUACCUUAUCUCUUCUCCACCACUCAGAACCUAGCUGAAGAUGAGAAGAAAAUGCAGGCGAGUCGGUCAGCUACUGCAGCAUCUCAGUCUUCCUUUAUUAGGCCACAUUGCCAUUAAAAAUACAGGUAUUUAAGAUUCCCAAAGUCUACUGCAAAGAGUUCAAGAUUUAAUCAUAUCUGCUUUACAUCUCUAGUAUAGCUCAUACACUGUUAUUUGCAAUGGCUUUUGUUUUACUGUACCUCCACCACAUGUCUAGUAUAGAGCUUGCCUUAUUCCAGCUGUAGAAAUUCAACAGCACAUUACAGUUCAUUCAAGAAUUUGCUUUUCUUUAGUAUGGAUAUUUCAUAUGGGAAGAAAACCAAUCUGUUGUAAACACAAUAAAACUGGCAGGGAUGAGAUUUUAAAAUUACUUAAAAGGAAUCAAGCAAACAUGGAAGUUUAUAUAUGCAUUAUUAGAAGGUUAGUCCAGCUCUCAAAGCAUUCAAAUACAUAUUCAUCAGCUUGCCAUAUGCUCACAUAAACAUGCAUGGCAACAACGACCACCUGCCCAAAAGCUGUCUUUCAUUUCUGGAAUCGGUGCUUUCUUAAAUUAAAAAUUGUCAAACCUGUGGUUUAGGUGAUGAUUUUAAAUGUUCAGUUUCCCUUCAAAUGAAUUUUUCUCAAUUUUUGUGCUUAUUUGAAGGUAUUGGUCCUUAUCCCAUGCGAUUUUACUGCUUGAUGCAACAAAUACACACUUGCACACUAAACACCAGAACCCCUUUUCUACUGUUACUUUUGCAUUUUAUUUGCUGUCACUGUGAUGAAAAGGUUUUACUUCUGAAAAUGGAAGAAAGUACCUUAAGCCACCCGUGGCUUGGAUUAAAUGACAGUCAAAUUUUGACUCAAGAUGGAAAAGUGUGCUUCAGACCAACAGGUGCUUUUCAAGUAAGCUACCUCCCAGGUGACUUCAGAUCUGGGGACUUGCUUUCAAAUGUUAAAGUUUCACCACAGCAAUGAGUGACCACAUUGGAAAUACAGCCUAAAGUAAGCUCUGUAAUCUCACCCUCCUCUCUUCGAUGUCAGCACUUCUUCUCAAGUUCCUCUCAGCAAUCAUCCCUUUCUUUACCAGCCCCUUCUCCAGCAUGAAAAGCAGCACUGGUAAACCAAGAGCUGGAAGCAAAGCCUGGUAAUUCUUUCACAUCACCCAGCAAAGCUUCAUUUUUAAGUUUUGCUGUCGCAGGCUGCUGGGGCAUCUUUUGACACAGCAGUGGAACCCCGAUAAUGUAUUGCAGCUAAAAGUAAUGAAGUCCUUCAGGCUUCAGCAUCAAAGAGAACACGUCUCCCAACAACACACCAAAGUACUCAGUGGGCUGUUUUAUUCCUGAACGGAAGAGAACCAAUCUCAAAUUAAUUCCUUUAUAUAAAAUCAAGUGUUUAAAGCCAAGUAAAAAGUUUUUACACUGAACACUAGAAAAGAUUUGUAAGUUAAAUCAAUUUCAAGCAAAAAUAAAUUUAUUUCAAAAUCUUA